AUGAAGUAUGUAGUGCAAAUGGGUGAUGAUGUUACCAUAGAUUAUGCUGGAGAACUUGGAAACUCAAUUUCUGCAAGCAAAGAACUAAUGCUUUUUGCCUCAAGAAGACAAGAAAUAAUAAUGAUACUGGUAAACUAUUUCACAACCACUGAACUAGCAGCAGUUGCCCUGUGCAUUCUCCAAGAACUCGCCAAUCAGGUCGACCAUGUCAUGGCUGAAUUUAACAUGUCAGAAAUGGACUGCUUUGAAUUUCUAGAAAGAAUACAGCUUAUCAAGGACUGCACUCUCAUUGUGACGUCCUCCACAGAAAACAGGGAUUUAGUGAAGAAAGCCUUGGCAAAAGGGGUAUGCUUCUUUCUUAGGAAACCAAUAUCCUCAGAGAAUCUCAAGAAUGUGUGGCAACAUGUGUAUGCCAGCUCCAAAAGAGCACUAGAAAGGAUGAAUGUGCCUAAUUUAACAAAACACCAGGUUGCUCACUGUCUGCAGCGAGAUGAUUCAGUUGGACCGUCAAAUGGUCACAAGAAGGAGAAUUUCAACUAUUGCAUAAAAAAGUUUCUUUCUGCAAUUGCCUCAACCAGUCCUGGAGUUGAAAACUCGGAAACAUCAAUAGGGUGUGAGAAGUUAUCCAACAAUAUUGCAAGGAACUUGUGUUCUUUUCAUGCCCAAAACAAUGGUGGUACUCGUAUAUUCAACAACAGAAGUAAUGCAUCUCCGGAUGAUGUAGCCCCGAAAACAGAUGGAAGAGUUACUUCAAGAAAAAACAAUGGCGGUACUCGUAAGUUCCCAUGUUUUUCUAGAUUCGUACCCAUUUCCCAAGACACUCACGGAGUUACUCCAAGAAAAAAAAUCACAAAGGGACCUAAUUCUUCUGACGAUUCACCUAAAGUAGGCAAAUUUACAACACGCUUGACGAAGGUAAACCAAAAGUUGGAUCCGAAGCCAGAAUUGGCUCCUUCAUCUUACCUUUCAAAUAAGAAGCAAAGCCAGUCAAGGGAUGAAAAUGAAGCGAAAAGUUCUCAGCAAAAAGAAAGAAGGGGAAUUCGCAGUUCAACUGACUGGAAGUCGCGAAAGCAGGGGAGUGCACUGUUCAGCACGGGUGCAAUGUUUCUUCGUACAGACUAG